UUUCAGAGUGAACCGAACUCAAAACCGUGCUAUGGGUAUAUAGAACACACUUUAGAAGACGUUUUAAAAAUUGAAAGAGAAGAUUGAUUUAAUAGGCUUACUAAAAAAAUGCACAUGGAACGUCCAGAUGAAAAUCAGUACACAUCGAGUGAACUUAGGAGAACACUAACCAAGCACUCUAUUGAUACAAUUCUGAGAAAUGAAGACAGAUCACACCUGACAGAGGUAUAUGGAGGUGACGGCAUAUCUGACACAUCGGAGCAUUCGACAGAGUUGUCGGCCGAAGAGGACUCGUCACACAGUAGUGGAGAGGAAAGUGACAACAAUUCUAACGAGAGGGACAAGGACGAUGAACACUGUGACGUCACAGAAACUGCUGACGGUCACAUGAUACCUGAUGACAUGAGAAAGAAGCGACGAAUCCGGACGACUUUUUCCGCGGAUCAGUUGAAAGCUUUGGAGGAAGUGUUUAGCAUUACCCACUACCCAGAUGCUAAUGCUCGGGAGGAUUUAUCUGACAAAACGGGUUUACCGGAAGCUAGAGUCCAGAUAUGGUUCCAGAACCGGAGAGCAAAAUGGCGCAAGUACGAGAAGUUGGGGAACUUUGGAGGACUUCAGGAUCUCCGGGAAACGAAAUAUGUUCCGGCCCCACGCGCUUCCAUCCGAACAGAAGACUUCCACCAAGGAGCUCCAAUACAGGCUACCACAGCACAAUGUCAACAGGACACCAGGAUUGAGGAGUCCGUCACAGAUGAAAAAGGUGAACAAACAUCACCUCUCAACUUAUCCUUAUCCCCGUUUCCAGUUUAUCGAUCAUUUCCGGUGUGUCCACUUCCGUAUCCGUACACAAGUAGGUACAUAAACUUUGGCUUUGUGGAAAAUCGACAUACCGGAAGUAUAGCUGCACUACGACUAAAGGCACGUGAACACGAGGCUGCUAUGGAGAUGCAGUAUAUGUAUAAGUGAGACCCGCGAAGGGGGAGACAAUCCGCAAUUAACCUGUUAACACAUACAAACAAAAAGGCAAAGCAUCACGGGAAUAUGUCCAAAAUGGAACAUUUUUUGUAGAUAUUGAUCCUUCUUUCCCAGAACAACUCACUUAAAAUACAAUCGCUCACCUCAAAUAAAAACUGCCCAUCUAAAAAAAUCGCUCACAUCAUAUACAAACAACUCUAAUGACCUCAGAACUGCCAUGUAAAAUUUUACAGUCAACUAUCUUAAUUAACAGUUGAGUUCUCGAAAUCGAGCAUUGUCACUCAAAUUUUAAGAAGAUUAUAUUCAAGACCUACUUGAACAAUAACAUGAAAUUGUUCGUUUUAAUUUUAGUUUACUCUACAUGUAUAUCAACAGUUGAAUGUUGUUGUCACAUGGUGUGGAGAGGAAAACAGGGGCGACUACACCACCUAAUAUUAAACAUGUAAGUCACGUGAUUACAUGUGUCGCAAUGCCAUAUCGUGAAAGAAUGACACUAACAUAGACUGGUUAGUUAAUGACCGUUAUUAUUUAUAUAUAAUCUGUGAUAGUUUAUGAAAAUUCGCAGGACGAAUGCUAUUUACACCAGUCCCGGGAAGUGUUCAGGUUCGUAGAGUCGAGUAGUCGUUAAUGGUGGUCUUCCAGUCAAGGUUUCAGAGGAGCACAGUUUUAGCCAAGCUUAGCAAUCUAAGACGGCGAUACAUUUAAUAUCUUGAUUUGUAGAACAUACUAGAUGUAAGGAAAACGGGAAGACAUUUUAUUGAACACAGUUUGUCUUGCUUCUUGUGCUCCAAAAUUUAAUCUGAUGUUAGAAAAACACCAACAUCUAUUUGGCACCGUCUCGUUAUAGUCGGUCCGUAUAGACUGUACGAUCCUGAACUCAACUUAACUAUUUCUAUAACCGUGCCCAUACUCAGACUCCAGUUUAUUCCAUGUAACUCGUUGAGGUUUACCAGAGGACGAAGGCGCGAACAAUAAGAGAGUAGAACUCGGCUACAAGUAGCGUGAGCAUGGGGACGGUUUUAUGAAUCUGGGGCAUGUAUUACAUGUAAUAAACAUUUAACAUGUUUACUUCCCUUGUAAAUAAAGGAUGUAUUUUUUUUAUCA